CAGCUGAUAAUCUAAACAUUCACUUGAACAUGGGUACGUGUUCAUAUGAUUCUAUACAUGUAAAUUACUAAAUAUAUUUGUUACUUUUAAACGUCAUAUUUUUCUAAGCUGAUUAAAGAAAAAAGUUAGUUCCCUGUUGUAUAUGGCUGUUAGAGUAAUUUAAGAAGGACUUUUGUGUGUAUACAUACGUAUGUACUUGGUACUAACCCAAAAAGUUUUCUAUAUCUAAUGGUGACCUAAAUAUAAUAAAAUAAAGUCUUUGCAACAUUCCUGUAAUAAUAUGCACGAUUCGAGGAGCUCGUAUUCUGCACCACAAGAUGACGUCCCUCGCAGCAGGGUUUCCCCAUCCAGGCGUCUAAAUGACAAAAUUCCGGCUCGAUUAGUGCUUUAUUUCCUUUCUUGGUCUGGCUUUCUGGUCUCUUUUAUGAUGCGCAAUGAUAUGAAUUUUGCUUUGGUAGCUAUGAUUUCAAAUGGCAAUUCAACUCAAAACCAAUCGAAUUACGGAUCGCAAACAGUUUUGGGUGGUGGCUCUGACGACCGAAUAUCUAUGGUAAAAUCUGUCAUAAUAAGUUCAUUUUAUUGGUGCUAUGUGUUAUCACAGGUGGCUGGAGGGGUUGCCACGGAACUGUUUGGAACUAAGUGCGUAUUUGGAUGGUCACAGUUAGCAACAGCUAUAUGUAGUAUUUUGAUGCCGUUAGCAGCACAAUUACAUUACAUAGCUGUUAUUGUGUUAAGAUCUAUUCAGGGAUUUGCUUCUGGCCUAACCUGGCCUGCCAUGUAUGCUAUAGUUGGCUAUUGGAUACCGCUUACGGAACGUUCACGUUUUAUGUCAAGUUUUCAAGGUUUCAGUAUUGGUAUCGGUUUAACUUACCCAUUGUGCGGGUUUAUUUUAUCGGAAUUUGGUUGGCCAUACGUUUUUUAUACUACUGGUACGUUAGGACUUGGAUGGUGUUUAAUGUGGUAUUUACUAGCCUUCAAUACCCCCCGAGAACAUCCUCGGAUUGCUGAAGAAGAACUAAAUUACAUAGAACUUAAUAUCAGAAGAGAAGUUUACCAUGCAGCCAAAGUUAAAGUGCCCUGGUUGCAAAUUUUUAAGUCCUUACCUGCUUGGGCGAUUGCUAUAACGACAUUUGGUCGAAUAUUUGUUCACUAUAUUUUUAUUGUUAAUGGUCCCACUUUUAUGGGAAACGUUUUAAAGUUUAAUUUUGAAACCAAUGGCUUUUUAUCUGGAAUGCCAUUUGUUUGCUCAUAUAUUUCAUCGGUAUUUUUUUGUUUUUUGGCUGAUAAAUUUGUAAUGUACAAGGUUUUAAAUUUAACUAAUGUAAGAAAAUUAUUUACAGCUCUAUCACAAAUUAUUCCAGGGCUCUUAAUAUAUUGUAUCGGUUAUAUAGAUAAUGUACACAUUUUGUUAACAGUAUGGUUUAUAGCGGUGAUAUUUAUAACUGCAUCUUAUGCGGGAGCCAUGGCUAAUAUAAUUGACUUAGCGCCCAAUUAUGGACAUUCUGCUGCCGUUCUGGCAUUUUGCCAAACAAUUCAUAUGUCUGCGUCGUUUAUUUCCCCGUUGACGGCUGGAUUUUUAGUAACUCGAGAGGACUCAAUUGAUCAGUGGCGACGUGUUUUUGAAGUAUCCGCGAUUAUUUCAAUAUUGACUUAUGCUGUUUAUCAGAUUUUCGGAACUGCUGAAAUACAAUCUUGGAACAAGGAACUACCUACACAUGACGAUACAGAUGAAGGAAAGAUAUUCUCGAAACCAAAAGAAGAUUUGGAUAAAAAUUUCAGACCGACUUGAAAAAAGUACUUAAAAUAAUGCCCUGCUUAUACCAUUAAAAAAUAUUUUGUUACUUUUUGUUUGACGACUUUGAAUGUAAUAAUAAAAAAUCUAGCCGUUUGUACAGUUUAA